CAUCUUAUCCCGCAGUGGAGAGGAGUGCAGGUCAGACGAACGGGAGCGAUUAAUGAUGGCCCAGAGGUGGCUGCUGAAUUUAAUAGGGGCAUUGGUUACUUGAUGUUUAUAUAUAUAUAUAUAAAUAUCUAUAUUUUUUAAACAGGGUUAGUGUGCCGCUGUCUGCCCUCACAAAGUAUAUUUUACUGCCUCUUGCUGCUCAGGGUGUCCGUCUCUAGUACGUAAACAAACAUGACCGCUACCAUUUCCAGGCAGAGACAAGCUGCAGUCGCUGCAGACUCCUCUGGCUCUUCUUUUUCUCUUACUGCAAGCCUCCUGCGACUCUCGAAACACAUCAAAUAUGAAAAUCUUGCUGCUGGACUUAGCGGGGGUGUUAUUUCCACAAUGGUGUUGCACCCCCUGGAUCUGAUCAAAAUCAGGUUCGCAGUAAGUGAUGGUCUGAAAAUGCGACCCCAGUACGAUGGCUUGAUGCACUGCAUGAAGACCAUCUGGAAGAUGGAAGGGAUUAGAGGUCUCUAUCAGGGUGUGACCCCCAACAUCUGGGGGGCCGGGGCAUCAUGGGGCCUGUACUUCCUCUUUUAUAAUGCUAUUAAAGCGUACACGCAGGAGGGACGGCAAACAGAGCUGAGUGCUGGCGAACACCUGGUGUCUGCAGCGGAGGCAGGCAUGCUGACGCUUUGCCUCACCAACCCAGUCUGGGUGACAAAGACCCGGCUGGUGCUGCAGUACAAUGCAGACCCUUCACGGAAGCAGUACAAGGGAAUGAUGGACGCCCUCGUGAAAAUAUACCGUCACGAGGGUAUCCCGGGACUCUACAGGGGUUUCGUGCCUGGACUGGUGGGGACUUCCCAUGCUGCACUGCAGUUCAUGACCUAUGAGGGGCUAAAAAGAGAGCAGAACAAAUACAAGAAGAUGCCAUCUGAAUCGCUGCUGUCUCCAUUGGAAUACAUCACCAUGGCAGCCAUUUCCAAAAUAUUUGCUGUAGCAGUGACCUACCCGUACCAGGUGGUGCGCGCUCGCCUGCAGGACCAGCACAACAACUACAGUGGCAUAGUGGACGUCAUCAGGAGGACAUGGAGCAACGAGGGGGUCGAGGGCUUUUACAAAGGCAUGGUCCCAAACCUGGUGCGAGUCAUUCCAGCAUGCUGCAUCACAUUUUUGGUGUUCGAAAAUGUGUCGCGCCUGCUUUUGGGCGAGUAUCACUAAAGCUUCAGGUGCGCUCACACCAAACGCAACCACGGACCAACUCGACGCAAUAUACCAGGACUGUGUGUAUGUGUGUGUGUGUGUGUUAGAGACGAGCAGGAAUACCAAACAUUUCCUGUUUAACUCUGAACUCGACAUGCAGACAAAACUAGCAUUUAGUGUGUGCACUGAAUUAACAGAAGAAACUACAGGUGCAUAUAUAUAUAUAUAUAUAUAUAUAUAUAUAUAUAUAUAUAUAUAUGAGAUUGUUGUAUUGUUGAGUUUAUUGAGAGAAUAUACAUAUUGUCUUGAAUAUUCAACUACAAAAGGUGUCAUUUCAAGAUCUGAAUUGAUUUCUAGUUGUCAAUGACAAGAACGGCUCAUGGAAAAGUGGAUUCAAGCCAUCCUGUGACAAUGGAACCGAACACCGUAUUCACCAAACACAGUGCUUAAGAAGAUGUUUGUCUUUUUUUUACGAUAUUUUCACCAAACAGCUCCUAUAUUUGCUGAGCUCUGCGAGAGAACGAAGCCACUCAGCAGAUCUCGGCUGGCUGGGCAUGCUCAGGAAAUGAUGUCACGCUGCAGGAUAAUAGCACACAGGCAUGGAGAAACUGAUACUUUACUGGAGGACAGGAGCAGAUUUUAACCAGAUGUGUGUAGAUGACAUCUACUGGAAGAGAGGAGCGCUUUAACUGCAAUGAAAGAACUGAGUAACUGAGAGGCUGUUAUGUUUGUAUGUAUAAAUGUGCUAUUGUCUGUGAUGCACAAAGAAGAGCUGAUGUACGUAUAAGCCAUUUUUACACAUCUAAUAAAGGAAAAUAUGGAACAGACAAAGGAGCCUGAGCUAUUGUACAAACUAUGUUU